GUUGUUAUGCAAACUCUAAAGAAAAGCAAUUAUUAUGAGCAAUGCUGAUUAUUGUCAUAUAUGAAAGUUUUCUUCAAGACUCCACCUUUAAUUCUAAAAAGAAUCCAAAAAAAGCCACAACUCCCAAACAAACCCCCCCAAAAAAAAUUCCCAUUUGUAGAUGAAGAAACUCUUUAUUUAAUUUUAAUUUUUAUUUUAUUUAUUCACCUCUAAAUCCAUCAGCAAAAUCGGAUUUCUUGCUAACUGCUGAACCCAAUUCUAGUGAGAGAAAUUAAAACCCCCAAAUGGGAUUGUAGAGAGAGAAAAGUGUGGUGUUCUCUGUUUCCACUCCUUCAUCAAACACUUUGUUAAUUUUUUUUUUUAAAUGGUGGAAAAAUCACAAGAAGAAAUCUUUUGAACACUCUUAUGUUUUCUUUCAGAUCUUCGUCUUCGGAUUCAUAAACUACAUUAAAGCCAUGGGUGUGUUCGAUGAUCAUGUAGCUAUUAUGGGAGAUUGGAUGCCACCUAGCCCUAGUCCAAGAUCCCUAUUCUCAUCAACGAACAACAACGUUGCUUUCGAACGGUCGAUAGCUGACCCCUCCGGUGAAAUUAAAACGGGGCCCGUUUAUGGAAAUGCUGACCACAAUUUUCCGGUCAACUCAAACGCACUUACGGAACAAAAAACGAGCUUUCGUGGAGGUCUUAUGGAGAGAAUGGCUGCAAGAGCUGGUUUCAAUGCACCGAGAUUGAAUACCGAAAGCUCUCCUUGUUUGACCAUUCCACCUGGUCUUAGCCCUACGUCUCUGCUCGAUUCUCCCGUUUUUCUCUCCAAUUCUCUGGCUCAACCAUCUCCGACAACUGGAAAAUUCGCAUUUGCUCCUCCAAGCGGAAAUUAUUGGGGGCCCACAUUGUUGAACGGUGAAGUUUCGAGUAAGGCGAACAAGACCAACAAUUUCGAAGACAAUCAAUCGUUUGCAUUCAAACCUAUUCAAGAAUCCGGAUCGUUCCCUUGUUUCAAUUACAUGGACAAAGUUACUUUCGGAGUUGCUACAAAUAAUUUUCCAGCAGAAAUGCAUCAAAGUGUAGAAGAAUCUCGAAAGAUUCAAACUUUAUCGAACUCACAUUCGAAGAGUAACAAUAACAGUGAAGGCGGCGGCGGCAAUCUUUCACCGGAGCAGACUUAUCAGUCCGUUGGUGGUGGCGCCGCCAAUCUUUCACCGGAGCAGACUUAUCAGUCCGUUGGUGGUGGUGGCACCAACAAUUCUCCACCUCUCGACGAACCGCUGCCGCACCAAGAAGAUGGAGAUCAAAGAAUCGGUGGCGGAGAUGCCGUUGCUGGUGGAACCCUAGCGGACGACGGUUACAACUGGCGGAAAUACGGGCAGAAGCAAGUGAAAGGAAGCGAGUACCCUCGAAGCUAUUACAAGUGCACACAUGCAAAUUGUCCGGUCAAGAAAAAGGUGGAGAGGUCACACGAGGGUCAUAUUACGGAGAUAAUCUACAAGGGGGCCCACAAGCACCCGAAACCCCCACCGAAUCGGAGAUCUUCGCUUGGACCGCCGUCAAAUGUUGAAUCGGAACAACUUGGUACUUGUGCUAAUAAUAACGGUGAUCUUGUUUGGCCGAACGGGCAAUUGGUCCAAGAAUACGGAAGUGGGCCCACCCAAUAUGAGGGGGCGGAUGGUGGUGUUGACCGGUCUUUGACUUUGUCGAACGAGGAGGAGGAGGAUGACCGUGUUACGCAUGGGAGCGUGUCUUUGGGUUGUGAUGGUGAAGGAGAGGAAUUGGAAUCAAAGAGAAGGAGAAUCGAAAAUUAUGCUUCGGAGGUGAGUGGGGCUAGUAGAGCCAUAAGGGAGCCGAGAGUCGUGGUCCAAACUACGAGUGAGGUGGACAUUCUUGAUGACGGGUAUCGUUGGCGCAAGUAUGGCCAAAAAGUCGUCAAGGGAAAUCCAAAUCCGAGGAGUUACUACAAAUGCACGAGCACGGGUUGCAAUGUCCGAAAACACGUGGAAAGAGCUUCACACGACCUCAAAUCGGUUAUAACCACUUACGAGGGCAAGCACAACCACGACGUACCUAUGGCCCGCAACAGCAGCCACGUUAAUUCGGGCGGGGCUCCGACCCACCCACUUCCGAACACCCAUCAACAACCCCAAUCUGGAUCCUCCGUUUCGAAUCACAUGCAAAGGCCCGAUAUGAACAUGACCCGGUUCGAAAGGCCUCCUUCGAUGGGCUCGUUCAAUUUCCCACACGUGGGGCCUGGCCCGGGAUUUGGGUUUGGAUCCGGUUUCGUAAAUCAUCAAUAUUUAGGGCAUCAACUUCGACCGAUGAAUAGCAUGGGUUUUAUGCUGCCGAAAAUGGAGCCGGAAUGGAAUCUUCUUCUGGCUUCAACUCGGCUGAUGGAUCGUCGGCUUAUCAGCAGCUUAUGAACCGUUUACCUCUUGGACCAUAAAUGUAAAUUAUUGAAUUUUCUUUGCUUUUUAUUUAUUUUAUUUUUUGGUUGCUAAGAAAUAGA